UACGUGGACUAUCCCGGUAGUAAAUUCAUUUCUGAAGCUUGUGCCUGUUUGUACAUUGCUGGAAAAGAAAAAUCAUCUGCAUGUCUUAAUACAGUAGCCAUAUGAAGAAUAAGCUCAAAACUAUUUGAAACAGCCUAUUAUAAACGUACAUGCAUUGCAGAAGACAAAGCAGCUCGCUUGUGAACAGGACGGGAUUGUAUUGAUGUGGAAUUGGUCCAGGUGUUAGAAUACAAAAGGAUUCCAGUCCAGCACAAGGUGUCGGGAUGAGCUUCUUCAGUUUCGGACAAACUGCUGAAAUUGACAUAGUUCUAAAUGAUGCCGAGACGAGAAAAAAAGUCGAGCACAAAACAGAGGACGGGAAAAAGGAUAAAUACUUCCUGUUUUACGAUGGGGAGACAGUCUCUGGGAAAGUCAACGUAACCCUAAAGAACCCAGGCAAGAGGCUCGAGCAUCAAGGAAUCAAAAUAGAAUUUAUCGGGCAAAUCGAGCUGUACUUCGACAGAGGUAACCAUCAUGAGUUUGUCUCUCUGGUUAAGGAUUUAGCUCGGCCUGGAGAAAUGGCUCAAUCUCAGACCUUUGAUUUUGAGUUCACACACGUGGAGAAACCGUACGAGUCCUACACAGGCCAGAAUGUAAAACUACGCUAUUUCCUGCGGGCGACCAUCAGCAGGAGACUCAAUGACAUCUGCAAAGAGUUGGAAAUUGUAGUGCACACACUCAGCACAUAUCCAGAACUCAACUCCUCCAUCAAGAUGGAGGUGGGAAUUGAGGACUGUCUGCACAUUGAGUUUGAGUACAACAAGUCCAAGUAUCACCUGAAAGAUGUGAUUGUGGGGAAGAUCUAUUUCCUGUUGGUGCGAAUUAAGAUCAAACACAUGGAGAUUGAUAUUAUUAAACGGGAGACAACAGGGACCGGGCCGAAUGUGUACCAUGAAAAUGACACCAUUGCAAAAUACGAGAUAAUGGAUGGAGCGCCUGUACGAGGUGAAUCCAUCCCCAUCCGUCUUUUUCUGGCUGGGUACGAGAUGACGCCCACUAUGAGGGACAUCAAUAAAAAAUUCUCUGUUCGUUAUUACCUGAAUCUUGUACUCAUUGAUGAAGAAGAGAGACGUUACUUCAAACAACAGGAGAUUACGUUAUGGAGAAAGGGAGACAUUGUGAGAAAGAGCAUGUCCCAUCAAGCUGCCAUCGCCUCCCAGCGCUUCGAGGGCUCGGCGAGCUCAGAGAAAGCACUCUCUCAAGCUAAAGAGGAGGACGACUAAACCUAACUAUGUCUUCUCAUCAUCUCAUGUUUGUUAGAGCGUGUGUAUGGAUUUAAAGAUGCGUGCUCCCAAAAUAGAUGGCAACGUAAACGUGAUAUUUCACAUUCCUAAACAUACCAGUUUAUGAUCAACAAGUUCUUAAGUUGUUUUUUAAAAGGGAUGAAUAUGAAAAGUAAAAAUACUGAUUACAGAAACCUCAAUGCGAUAUUUACAAAUUCUUCUUGGGGGUUCCUCGGAGAUUGUUUACUUUUUACCAGCCACCCUGAAUUUAAUCGACCCAUUCCAAUUUCCAUAUUCCAUUCACAGCCUUUUUCAAAUUAAUUCUGUAUCGAAUGUUUUGCUAUUGUAGAUUUUUUUUUUCUUUCAUAACCUAUACAUUGCAUACAGUAUUGCAUUUUUGUUUUUAAUGAAAUGGUGUUGAACUAAUUCAUAUUUUUAGUGAUCUUUUUUUAUUUACCAAUACAUGCCUUUUUGCUUUUGUUGCCAUUCCAGACUAUAAAUUCUAAGCACUUCAGGGUUUUUGCCGAUGUGAUUUCAGUGUCUCCGGAGGGACCCAUAACUCCAUAUCAGCGCAAAAUUACGUACGCAUUUCUGCUUCAGCUAAACUGAAACACACCUGAUUUUAUCUGUCAGAUUGUGCAGAUAUAAUGAUAUAAAAUUAUAUGAACAACCUAAUUGCAGUGUUUAUAAAAGUGUAUAAAAUUAUACAUUAUAAUUUUAAUUACUUUUAAUUCAGUGUUUUUCUGUUGAUGUUUUGGUAUGGGAAACCGAAAUGUUUGACGUUGCUGGGUAACACUUCUUUAUAAAGUUCAAAAUGCUAAUCUUAGUUAAUGUUUAUCUAUAAAUUAAUUAUGAUUCAACUGCUUAUCUGUUAGUUCGUGUUGGCUAAUAAAACAAACUAAUGUUAAAAAAAACUUUAAAGUAAAAAUGUACUAUUUUUAUGUAAAAAUUAACAUUAAUCAAGACUUAUAAAUGUUAAAGGAUUAACUAUUGAACAACCUAAUUUUGAAGCGUUACUAUGUUAUCAUUGGUUGUUUUAAUGUUUAAUGUUCGGUGGCAUAAUUCAGGUGGCAUUUAUGUCUUAUUUUAGUUCUCAUUUUUACCAACACUGGAGAUCAACUUUCAUAGUACGUCACAUAUCUAACCAGUCACUAUCCAAUAGCCCUAUGUCAGAAAUCUUUGACCAUAACAUACAUGUUAGAAAAUACUGAUAAAGUGUGUAUUCAGUAUGAAAAGUAUUAACAGGGAUGAAUAUCCUUGAAGUAACUGCACACCCAUUUUGAGAUUGCAGGCUCAUUACCGCUGCCUUGUUAAUGGCUCUCAUUGUCAUGAUUAUUUCUUUGUCGUGUUAGGACCGUGGGGGUGUUUAUCCGUCCAAAAAAACAGGAUGUAUCAUGUCCCUUCUGUGAGACUGCAAUUUCAUAAUAUUGGUCUUCUGUUAGUACUUCCAUUCACUUAAGUAGAAAAUGGUCUGUGUGUCCGUCAAUGAACAUUAACUAAGAUCUGUGAUGUGUUUGAUGAAAGAUUGUGAGAUACUGAUCACACACUAGAUUCUGGAUAUUGUUUGAGAAAAUUGCUUUUUUUAUUUUUAAUUUUUUUUACAUACCAUGUCAGGAACCCUUGCUUUUGGUGUCAAACUAGUAAAAGGUGGCAAGGCCUGUCACAGAGGGCUAAAGCUAUGUGUAAUUGAUGUCUCAGCUGUCUCUUUGCAGAAUACUCAUAGCUUUGUGUGCCACACUGUGUUUACUGACUUCACGUAUAUGAUUUUACAAAAUUAGCACUGUGUAUUCUUUCAAAACAAAGAAGCAACAAAUAAUUUGUUGUUUCCCAACUUUCUUUACAUUUAUCAUUGUGCAAAUAAAGUGCUGCUUAAAAUGGCAUUAGAUAACCAUAUUUCUAUAUUAAUAUUAUGUAUGUACAGUGUUAUGUAUGAACUCUAAGUAUAUGAUUUUGAAAUAAUUUAGAAAUCACUCUAAGGUACUAGCAGAGUUUACAAAAUGGAUUCUAGAAGAUUCUAGAACUGUGCUUAUGUAAAAUAUGAGUGCAGAACAGACAUAACCUAACUGCUCUUUUAGUAAUUGUGCUGUAUAUGACAUUUUGUUUUUUGAUUAAAAAUCGUUUCCCUCCUAUAAA